GUAUUUCCGGCCUUUAUAGCGCACUCAAAUAAACACAAUUUUUUUGAAACCGUUUCAAUAACGAGUUGAGCGCGAAACGUGUUGGUUGAUAAAAUAUAAAGUACUCGUGGGAAGCUGUAAGCAAAGUUUUGAAUUAAAAAAUGUAUCAAGAAACAAGUGUAGCUUAAGAAGUGCGGCAAACUGUAUAUAAAAAAAAAAAAAUAAAAUAAAAUUUUUCGAGUGCGCGCCCAUGCAACUGAGACCAAUCGAAACUCGAUUUGUAAAUCGAAACUAAUUAAAUCAUGCCGUUUUCUCAGCUGGAAGCUUGAACUUGUCUAAUAGCGUCAACACUGACGCAGAGCUGUCUACGCUGAAUGUGCUGUGUGUGUUUGUGUAACAACAACAAUAAGCAUAUAACAAUGCGCCGGUGGAAUUGUUUGCUGUUUUUGUGUACAUUUUAUAAAGUCACGCAUGGCAUUGCCUUGUCUACCGGUGUGCCCAAAUGUAAUUGCAUACCGGUAAAAGAGUGCGAACCAAUUGCUUAUUUGCUCUUGAAUCACAAACCGCACGAAGCUGAUAUGAUAUACAAAAUAGUACAGAGUGCCGGUUGUGGUUAUGCCGGUCUCGAGCCGCUCGUCUGCUGCCCCACCACUUAUGCUAACCACAAAAUUGCGACGCGUCUGCAGGCAAGCGACAGCGACGAUGUCUAUCGCAGCACAGAUCCCGAUGUUUGGGUGUGGAGUAGCACACAGUUUCCCACACGCAACGAUGCACUCACCGACGUGUUGUUGGGCGCUAGCGCUGUGGAUGGCAGAACAAGCAAACGCAGAUCUAGGGAGUUUUACGAUGAAACGGAUGUGUUUGAUUUCAUAGAUCCAAAGACGCAAAGAAAUUUUCCACAUUCAUUCUACGAAGAAUCGGUUGACUCCGAUGAUGUGCAUGAUGAGGCGAAGAAACAUUACGGUAGCGGAAAUGUGGAUCAGAAGAACUUUAAGCAUCAUCAUCAUUUUGGUGGACAUGAUUAUUUUACACCCCACCAUCAUCACCAUCAUCAUCAUCAUGAAUAUGAUGGCGGCAAUGUGUACGAUAGCAAUGAAUAUGGUGAAGGUGAGGAAGAAUAUCCACGCACUCUUUUCAGACCGAUCAGUGAUGGUCCUGUUGUUUAUCCGGAUGAUAGACGCUUGAAUCGUCCACUACAAUUUCCAACAAUAACAACAACAACUACAUCAACUACAACGACAACCACCACAAAGAAGCCAACAAGCAGACCGUUAGAGCAAUCCAAAGUGAAUAUUCCACGCUGUGGCAUGCCCGACAUAGACGCCGCCAGUGGAGAACGCCUGUACCCCUGGAUCUCACGCAUAGCCUACGUUAAUAAAACCAGCAAUGUCGUCAGCUAUCGCUGUUCCGGUUCCGUUGUGAGUCAAUCGCAUAUUCUCACCGCGGCGCAUUGUGUCAUAAAUCUCGUGAGCGAUCUGCAGCUCUCACAUGUGCGCAUCGGCGGUGUGGCGCUAUCCCCAAAUUGCACGGCCAGCAGUAGCGUCAAUUGCUCAAUUGCCUCGCGCAUUUAUCAAAUCGCGGAAGUACGCGUACAUCCUAACUACGAUCAGCCGAAGUACGCCAAUGAUAUAGCGUUGGUAAAAAUUGUCGGCGAAGCCAGUGCUUACACACCAAUUUGCUUACCACCAAAUCUCUCGGUCUCUGUACGUGAUCAGCUUAUUGGCAGCCCCGGUAUAGCGCUCGGCUGGACGGCAGAUGUUGAAGGCAACGACACAAGUAGUCCAAGAGUGCGUUAUCUCAAUUUACCGAUCGUUAAUACGACUGAGUGUGCAAUUACCUAUGCGAAAUUCAGUGAAAAUUUCAAUGACCCGAUCGUUAUCACGCCUUCACAGUUGUGCGCUCAGGGUGGACCAAUGAAUGAUGUUUGUAGAGGUGACAGUGGUGGUCCGUUUAUGGAUGAUGGUUCUUCAGGCCUCAUAAAUACAAGUGGUCGUCAUACUCUAUUGGGUAUUGUGGCUUUCGGACCAACAAAGUGUGGAAUGUCUAAUAUACCGGGAGUGUAUACGCGUGUUAGCUCCUACUUAGGCUGGAUCAUAGAAAGUAUUAGUUUAAGUUAG